CCACCGCAGAUCUACACAACAUAGGGACCGGUCUCACUCGUCAGUAAGACGAGCCAAGUCAUAUAUAGAUCUGUGAAGUCUGUAUUCUGCGUGUGCGACUUGUCUGCACGUCUGCGACUUACAAACUGCAAGCUCAGUCCAAAAACAUGUUUACUGGUUAUCCACAAUGGAGAAACGGAGGAGGUUGUGGCAUUGUAGAGGAAUUUAACGUUAGCUAAUAAAUGUGGCAACGGAACGUUAGUGUGACUGUGAUGGAUGAAGGCGGAUAUAUUUUACAACGACGCUCGCAGCUAAAGUAGAGGUGGGCAUGAUGGGGGAGCAGGCCGUUAGCGGCGCUGUGGCUGCAAUCUCUCCAGUGCAGCAGAUGCUGGCCUCUGGCACUGGAGCCCUCCUCACAUCUAUUUUUGUCACACCGCUGGAUGUUGUGAAGAUCAGGCUGCAGGCUCAGCAGACGCCGUUCCACCAAGCUUUAGCUCCUGAAUCUGCUCCAUGGGGUGGUGUCAUCCGCCCUUCCAAGUGGAAGUGUUUCCUGUAUUGUAAUGGGCUGAUGGAUCACAUCUACGUGUGUCAGAAUGGAACCAGCUGCACCAGCUGGUACAAAACACCGACACAUUUCAGCGGGACUCUGGAUGCUUUUGUGAAAAUCACUCGUCAUGAAGGGCUCAGGUCUUUGUGGAGUGGGCUCCCACCGACACUGGUUAUGGCGGUACCUGCCACUGUCAUCUACUUCACCUGCUACGACCAGCUGCGGGACUUCCUAAGAUGUGGUCUGGGUUUCCAGGGCAUCCAUAUACCCCUUGUUGCCGGGGGUCUUGCCAGACUGGGGGCUGUGACAGUGAUCAGCCCUCUGGAGCUGGUGAGGACGAAGAUGCAGUCGCGUCGGCUGUCCUACAGCGAGCUGGCGGUGUGUAUCCGCUCUGCUGUGGCCCAGGACGGCCUGCUGUCACUGUGGAGGGGCUGGGGACCCACCGUUCUCAGAGACGUUCCCUUCUCUGCCCUGUACUGGUUUAACUAUGAACUGGUGAAGGCUCAGCUCUGUGAACAAGCCCGAAGGCCUCAAGCCAACUUCUCCAUCAGCUUUACAGCAGGCGCCAUCUCUGGAGCUAUCGCUGCAAUCCUGACGCUGCCUUUUGACGUGGUGAAGACUCGCAGGCAGAUUCAACUGGGAGAGAUGGACACUCUGGGAGUUCCCUUAAGGAGAACCACAUCCACAUGGCACAUAAUGAAAGAAAUUCGGACUGAACUGGGCUACAGGGGCCUUUUUGCAGGUUUCAUGCCCAGGGUGAUCAAAGUGGCCCCAGCCUGUGCUGUUAUGAUCAGCACCUAUGAGUUUGGAAAGACCUUCUUCCAGAAGAUGAACCUUGAUCGAGAGCGACUGGCAUCCUGAAGGGUUGUCGGCGUGGCGCUGGGUGUUGCUCAGUAGGAGAAAAGAGUUCAUGGCAACACACAGAUGCAGACUUUAAUACCAGGACAGUUGGGACAAGGUCUUCUCAAACCGAGUCUUGAGGAAGAGGAUUUGUUUUUUUUUGUUGUUUUUUAUUUUAAAGUGAAGAAGAGGAUUCCGCACAUUUCUGGGAUGCUGCGCCCUGCAAGUCCACUCUCUUGAAAUGUUACUGUGGUUAAGACUUGAGACACAACUUGAUCCUCGAACACAAUGUGGAGUUUGACUAACGGACGUGGAAAUCUUUAAGGAGAAUGUUUUUUGGAUGAGCAAAGGAAGGGACUUGUACCAAACUCCAAGGACACGGAUCACACCUCUGUGCACAUUCUCAAAAAUACAGUAAUAAUAAGUCCUGUGAUAAUUCAAUGAUUCUCUCUUACCUGGAAAUUUCACAUGUUCAAUACCCACUACAGUUAAUUGUUUAUGAUGAAGACGCUGACAAGGCUGUUGUCAUCUGAACCUCUGAAUACGUUAAAAUGACAUAACUUGAUCUAUGCAGGACUGAGGUGUAAGGAGUAAUGCUUAAUGGGAAAAUAUAAAAACACUGCAUCGGUAAUAUAGCACAAGUUUUAGGAAAAUGUUCUCAUUCUCAUACUUUGUAUUGCCUGACAAACUGCAUGGAGCGUACAGCUUAAUUCAAGACAGAAUCUAAAUAAGCUGGGUCACCCUGCAUUAGCAUUACUGCAUUACUCUGCAUUCCUGUAGCAGUAAAGUAUUGAAGUUUUGACUUUCAUCUACUAAGUAGAUGACUGACAAAUCUGUUUUGUAUGUGGGAUAAGUUCGACCAUUGGUAGCACUUUACAUUUACAACACAAGAGAUGUGAAAUGAAAUCAUAAAAGUUAACUACAGGUUGUUAUGUUUGUUGAAUGUACGCCUCUUUUCUGUUCUCACAAUUGGAGGAAAGCCAUAGUAUUUGACACAGAAGGCCUGGUUAUAAUGAGUGAACAUGCACUUAAUUUCGUCAAACGAAAUUAAUGCAAGCCUUCUUGGAAUUUUAUGUCGAUGCAUGGAUUUAGCAGUUUAUGCUAUGAUUAUAUUACAAAGAGCAACAAUGUUCAACAUCUGUGAAAACCUCCACAACCAGCUUCACAAAUAUCACACACAAAUGUUCUGAAAAUUUGCCAAGGUAUGGUGGUGCGAAAAAGAAAAAAACAAAAGGCUUUCCAAACUUCCCUGCGUGGCAUUGUGGCGUUAAAUUACUUUUGAAUUUCUUGCCUGCAGUGGAGACAUUAUCAGAACUUGUUACAACACUGGAUCAUAAAACAAUAUUGCUGCCUUAACCAAAAAAGGUAGAAUGUUUCCGUUGUUUUUUUAUGAAUUAAAUGAUAAUAAACUAUAAGACAGCUCCA